GCUGUUAAAAUUUGAGAGUAAUAUUUCCAUCAAAUUUAAUCCUCGUAUAUAUCCAUAUAUACAUUUACUGGAAUACACGCAGAGCCAUGAUUACAUCUUGUUUGUUGAUGUACUAUGGCUCACUUUACAAAAGCAAAUAUUACAGUGCGUUCUAGGACACCUGUGCUCACACGAUGAGUUCUUUGAAACUAUAUUUGGAUAUACAAGCUAUUAAAAGCUUCUUGUACUGAGUGACCUUUCAGACAGAAUUUAGAUCAAAUACUCAUCCUGCCGCUGCCUGUUGCUGUGUGGAAGACAACAGAAAACCCUGGAUUCAAACCUCCACUAGGUUUUUGUUUUCCUUAUUUUGUUUCCUUUCAUUUUGCCUUAAGAAGAUGAACAAUGAAACCACAACCCUGAUAUCCUUGAAGAAGGCGAUGAAAAGAGUAGACCACAAACUCCAAGGUUUAGCAGCACAGUUUAAAGAAAUGGACUUCACCAAGGAUAGUCUGACCCAGAGAUUUGAACAGCACAGCAAGGCUUUGGCAAGCCAGGCAGCCCAGGAUGAGCUGUGGAGAGCAGUUCUGGCCCCCAAAUUCACUUCAAUGGAAUUGAAUAUUUUAUACAGCUAUGUCACUGAAGUUCUCAUCUGCUUGCACACUCGUGUGCUUGACAAGCUGCCAGACCUGGUGCGAGGUCUUCCCACCUUAACCUCUAUCCUGAGACGAAAAGUCAAGAACCAGCGCAUUGGAGUUGUGUGGGAGUCUGUCCUGGAGGAGUGUGGGCUGCAAGAAGGAGAUAUCACAGCACUUUGUACCUUCUUUAUUGCCCAUGGCCACAAGGCAGAAUACUAUGGUGCUAAAGUGAGGCAGAUGUAUAUCAGGGAUGUCACUUUCCUAAUCACUAACAUGGUAAAGAAUCAGGCUCUGCAGGAUGGUUUGCUGAAGGCUGUUCAGAUCAUUGAGAAGGGAAAAGCAGUGAGGGCCCCCGAAGAGCAAAAGUCAUCGCUAAAACAGUCGCUACCAUCAGUCAGAAACUAAUUUUGAUGACCAAGAGAUUCUACUUCUAGGAAUUUAUCUUGCAAAUGGGGGGAAACGAUGCAUGUACAAUUUAUUACAGGCUUAUUUUUAUAGCAAAAGGGAGGGAAGCCUUAAAUAUGAUAAAUUGAUACAAUGGAUACUUUUUGUGUAGCAAUAUUAGAGAAUGAAGAAGUUCUUUGUGUAACUGUAAAAUGAUAUGGAGUUAUCACCAAGAUGUAUUGUUUUCAAAUAUUUCCUAUAUAUUGUGAAGUAGGAAAAAAGGGCAAAGGGCAAAAACAAAUACACACACACACACACACACACAAGUAAUAUAUCCACAAAAUUAAUAAACUUUUUCUGGAGAGAUAUAUUAGAAAGUAAGAACAUUGGUUGUGUCAGGAGAAAAAACAGAGGCUAGGGGUCAAAAGUAGGAGGAAUUAUUUUCACUGUUACUCCAUUUUGUAAAUUUUUGAAUUUUGAGCCAUGUGAAUGUACUACAUACUAAAAGACAA